AUGCUAUGGUUUUGUUUGUUGUUAGCAUGUGCCAACGCGAGAUGGAACAAAGUACCUUACAGAAAUACCAAUCCAUAUAAUGUAUGGCAUAGCCACAGAAAGUCUCAGGUUUCGCAAGAUAUAGUUCGAAGUAACCAGAUUGCAGUGUUCUCGCCGCUGAUGAAUUUCGACACGGACGCCGACCCGGUAUCCGAAAGCAGGUACCGGUGGAUCGCCCGAGUGGUGCAUUCGCGAACCUCCACCAUACCUCACGUGUGCACCGCCUCCUGCAUCUCCGAGAGGAUAUUCGUCACCGCUGCCGCGUGCGUUUCCAGGUUGAAAGUGUCAUACACAACUGUCAUAUAUCAGUACGACAGGAUCCCCGUCAUCGCGUUCGUCAUACCGGCGAACGGUUCGAGGCAGGGUUUCGACGACAUCGGCUUUAUAGUUGUUGACACGGAUGGACCAAGGAAUUGGGACACUAUCCUCAUGUUCGACACUACCAAUCGCACGGAUAACGAAUUCAGAUGGUUUUCAAAUAUAUUCGAUACGGACACAAUCGAGCAUAAAGUCAUCGGUUACAGUGUUCCAAAGGUCCUAUCUAAAAUAUCCGAGAUAGAUAAGCAAUACCAUCUGACCGAGUUGCCAGUGGUGGUGAACUUGGACCUGUGCCCUUCGAUACUGCCAUUCAAAGAAACCGCCUCGGCCUACCGCGUGCCCUGCUACAUGUCUUGCGCGCUGAGGGAGUUCCACGCGGGGAAAAGCGUUUGCAAAAACUACCACGGGGUGGAAGGGGGCGCCCUGUUCAAUAUCGAGACCAAUAAACUGCUGGGCGUCGCUACAUGGGGGGCGAAUAGUCAAGCGCUGCCGGUCGGCUUCGCAGUUCCGAACUCUGAAAAUUUCUUCAGGAACUACGCGUGCGCGAGGCGCAUAAGGGACAACGGUGAACCACUGCCAUUGGCCGGCCACUAUCAAAGCCUUUGCAGUAAC